AAGAUGUUCAGUUUAAGAAGGAUAUCAUCUAGAAAAUUCGUCAAGAGCUUGGCUAAGCCAGCCAUGUGGAACUCAGCCAGGUUCUCAUCAUUGGAUAUGAACAAGGAGUGGAUGGGCAAGGCCUCCAAAGAACUUAGAGGCAAAGAUGUUCAUGAGACUCUAGUCAAGGAUACUCAAGAAGAGAUUAAGAUCAAGCCACUUUACACUCACAAGGAUGUCAAGGCUCCUACAGAGGAAGAAUUGCCAGGAUUUUACCCUUAUAAGAGAGGGCCUUACGCUACUAUGUACACUGGGCGUCCAUGGACAGUCAGGCAAUAUGCAGGAUUCAGUACUGUUGAAGAGAGUAAUGCAUUCUAUAAGGAAAAUCUUAAGGCUGGACAACAAGGACUCUCAGUUGCCUUCGACCUCCCUACCCACAGAGGAUAUGACUCAGAUCACCCAAGAGUAGAAGGUGAUGUCGGAAUGGCUGGAGUCGCUAUUGACUCAGUCGAGGAUGCCAAGAUCCUUUUUGACGGGAUUCCUCUCAAGAAUAUCUCAGUAUCGAUGACAAUGAACGGUGGCGUGCUUCCAAUCAUGGCUAUGUACAUUGUUGCUGGAUUAGAGCAAGGAGCUGAAUUGAAGGACUUAACUGGUACAAUUCAGAAUGACAUUCUCAAGGAAUUCAUGGUUAGAAAUACAUUUAUUUAUCCACCGACUCCUUCAUUGAAGAUCAUUUCAGAUAUCUUCGAGUAUACUUCCAAGAACAUGCCGAGAUUCAACUCUAUUUCUAUUAGUGGCUACCAUAUGCAAGAAGCAGGUGCUGAUUCUAAACUUGAGCUUGCUUUCACUAUUGCUGACGGUAUAGAGUAUAUCAGGGCUGCAGAGAAAGCAGGCCUCACUGUCGAUCAGGUUGCUCCAAGAUUCUCCUUCUUCUUUGCCAUGGGAAUGAAUUUCUACAUGGAGAUCGCUAAAUUAAGAGCUGCAAGACUUUUGUGGGCAAAAUUAGUGAAGGAAAAAUUUAACCCAAAGAAUCCAAAAUCAUGCAUUCUUAGGACUCAUUGCCAGACAUCAGGAUGGUCAUUGACUGAACAAGAUCCUUACAAUAAUGUUGUGAGAACUACUGUUGAAGCAAUGUCUGCUAUAUUUGGUGGAACUCAGUCACUUCACACAAACUCCUUCGAUGAGGCCAUUGCCUUACCAAGUAAGUUCAGUGCAAGAAUUGCCAGAAACACCCAGCUCAUUCUGCAAGAAGAGACUGGUAUCACCCAUGUUGCAGAUCCAUGGGCUGGAUCCUACAUGAUGGAGAACCUCACCCAAACCUUGGCUGAUGAAGCCCUCGAGAUCAUCAACGAAGUUGAAGAACUCGGUGGAAUGACCAAAGCUAUCGAAUCAGGAAUGCCUAAAUAUAGAAUCGAGGAAUCUGCUGCUAGAAGACAAGCUAAGAUCGACUCAGGAUUCGAAACCAUUGUUGGUGUCAACAAGUACAGGAAAGAUAAGGAAGACCCAAUCGAAGUUCUUAAGGUCGACAAUGCUUCCGUGAGAAAGCAGCAAGUCCACAGAAUUAACCAAAUCAAGAAAGAUAGAGACAACUCUAAGGUAGAAGAGACCUUAGCUGCCCUCACUAGAGCUGCUGAAACUGGAGAAGGUAAUCUUCUCGAGCUCUCUGUCGAAGCAGCCAAGGCCAGAGCUACUUUGGGUGAGAUCUCAUAUGCUCUUGAAAAAAUCUACGGUAGACACGUUCCUAAAGACUCUAUCGUUAGAGGUGCUUACCAAAAAGUUGCCACUGAAAUUUCUGGUGAAGAAAGUAAAAAUGAAUUUGAAGCAGCCAUGACCAGAGUCAAGACUUUCGCUGAGAAUGAAGGUAGAAACCCAAGAAUCCUUGUUGCUAAGGUUGGACAGGAUGGCCACGACAGAGGAGCCAAGGUCAUCGCAUCCGGAUUCGCAGAUCUUGGAUUUGAUGUUGAUGUAGGAGCACUUUUCCAGACUCCAGAAGAAGUUGCAAGGCAAGCUAUUGAUAAUGAUGUUCAUGUUGUAGGAAUCAGUAGCUUGGCUGCUGGCCACAAUACUUUAGUCCCUCAACUCAAGCAAAAGCUUGCUGAAUUAGGUGGAGAUCAUAUCCUUGUCAUUUGUGGAGGAGUUAUCCCACAUGAUGAUUAUGACCACCUCUACAACAGUGGGGCUGCCCUUGUAUUCGGGCCAGGUACCAGAGUUCCAGAUUGUGCUAACCAAAUCUUGGAGAAGCUUGAAGCCGAUUUGUAAUCAAAGUUAUAUUCUAAGAAUUGCCUAUCUUUA